ACCUGAUCAGGAAGUACAUAAUUUCAACCAUGGUCAAUACCGUUCACGCCAUCCCUCACCACCUGGCUCAAUGCAUGACUCAAAUAACAUAGCAAAAUUAGUUCGAGAGGAAGUGCGGCGACAAACACAAUACCUCACCCAAACAAACCGCCCAUCAAGUUCUGGUGUUCCUUCUAACCGUAACCGUCGCACAACUGAUGGCUUACCCAUAUGCAACAAAUGCAAUAAAGUUGGCCAUAUUGCUCGUAACUGUAGAGCUGGAGGAAUACAACAUCAGCCCCCACAAGUUUCUCAGCAUAAUUUUCACAUCCGUCCUGGCAUGCAACGUCAAUUUUCAUCUCAGUUUAAUUCAUAUACUCGUCCUGGCAUGCAACACCAGCCUGUACAGAGACCCCAAUUUAAUUCAAACAUACAUCCUGAUGCUCCCACAUUCAAUCCACAACAAGGGCGAACUGCCAACAACCCAUUUAAUGCGGAAUCGGGAAACUAAUGGCUGCUUCUUUAUACCGGGACGAUAGGGAAGCAAUGAUUUUUGAAGUAUUUGAGAAAUCCAAAUGUCUCGAAAUGUUUAAUGAAAAUGUUGUUGAAAAUUUACCUGACAAAUUUAAUGAUGUAUCAGAUAUGCUAAUUAAUAUAGAAGAAAAAGGGCAGCAUGAUUUUGACAGCCCCCCAUGUCCUGUUGAAACAAGUGUGAAUAUACAUCCUGAUCUUGUAGAUAUUGAUUUUAGUUUACCUGCAGGCAAGUCACUUAGCGUAUUAUGUGAGGAGAAUAACUCCUCUGGCCUACCGAAGAUAAAUUGUGAUACAUUGACAACAAAUGUAAACCCAGUGAGUCAAAUGUGUAAAGAUAGUUUUGAGGUGACCGCGUCACCAUGUGUAAAUGUACCACAGCAAGUCAAAUUUAGUGCUAGAGAACAAUUUCUCUUACCUCAUACAAUAGAUGUACCAGUCUGUAAUGAUCUAGUAGACCUGUCAUAUGAAGUUAAUAAAGAAACAAGUAAGGAAGCAAGUGUAGUUGUUUUGAAUUCUGACCUGGAAGGCCUGUCAUAUCCUGUUCCAAAAACCUCUGUGCAUGCUGUUAAUUCUAUUUCAUUUGAGUUUCGCAAUAAUUGUCCAUUCUUGCAAGGUCAAGUAAGUGGUAUACCUACGUCUAUUUUAUGCGACACUGGAGCAUCUGUCACCACGAUUAGUGAGAAGUUAUUUAACAAAUUCCCUAAUUGCAAGAAAAUGCCUAGCAGUAAAACAUUUCAACAAACUAUUAGAACUGUCAGUGGUGAAAACAUGCCCAUCAAUGGUGUGGCAUUAGUUCCCUUUCAAAUUGGUGAGUAUAACUAUACAUUUUAUGCAUACAUCAUAGAAAAUUUAACUUAUGAUGCAAUUCUUGGGUCUGACUUCCUAGGUCAUUAUCAAGGUGUUAUCGAUUUUGACAACCAGUCUUUUGAAUUAUUGCCACCAAGUGAAAAUCCACCACCUACGGAUACACCACCACCUUGUCCGAUACCUAGGCUAGUUAAGUCGGAAGGGUAUGACCCUGAGCAUAAUUCAUGGGUAGACGAGACUGACAUUAUUCACCUUGAACAAAACAACAACUAACGUACGAUACCAUCUCAAGGCUUUUAACCUCUGGGACGACUUGUUUUGUGAUCCGGAUGUUCAGGAUCUCAUGCUUGUGUUGUCCAGACUUCGGCUGUGAACUAUUUAGCCUCGCAUGUACCCCUCGUUCGGACACGUUAUAAUUGUGUGUGAAGUAUAAUUAGAUGUCGCACUAUGUGGGAAGUUGAAAGUGAAUGAUGAGAAAAAGAAUGUAAAAUAGGCUUUGUUAUUGUUUUGUUAUUGUUUUGUUAUUGUUUUGUUAUGUUUUGUUAUUUUGUUAUUGUCCCUUCCAUGACACAACUAUGUUCUUUUUCCUUAAUAUUUGGUUCAAGUCAAAUUUCACAUGCCUUUGCAAUUAGGUGAGUAUUUAUCUGUAAUCAAUAUACGGAUACAGUUUCAGUUAAAGUUCUCAACAGUGGAAUACAACGAUGGUUGCACAUGCAAAGAAAUGUACAAUUACUGAAAGACUGCUAACCUUGAAAUCAAGAUCAUAUUGAACUUAUUUAAUUGUAAUAACUUUGAAAACCGGGAGGUUUUCACUUAAAGGAGAGAGAUAUGUUAUACACGGAAAUAAUACACUAGAAUUAUAUGCACGAGUGUUGCAUCACAUGAUCCAUGAAGCAUACAAUGAACCAUUGAUGAACAAUGCACAAUAGCAUAAUUUAAUUAACAGGAAACAAUGUGUAUGACACUGUCAGGAAACAGUGAGUGUAUUAGAGUCUUAGUGUCAGAGUAGAGCUGACUGUAGUCAGAGCGUUUGUAUCUAUCAAAAGCUACGCACAGACGCACACAAUAUUCAAAAUAUAUAUAUGUGAUAAAAGAAACCGUGUUGGUGUCAGUGAUAUUGAUAUUCUUGUUGUUGAGCUAUUACCCCUACGGCCCCGACGAUCCUGCUGUAUUAGUCUGAAUAUAACCAAGAAAAG